AUGUCCACAGACCUCGACCGCGCCCUCUUCCCCAACUUCACCACCCACCACAUCCCCACCCCCUCAGGACCAACCAUCUUCACCCUCACCAGCCCAAAGACAACCCCGCCAAAACCCCCUCUCCUCCUCAUCCACGGCUUCCCGCAAACCCACAUCCAAUGGCACAGACUGGUCCCGCUCCUCCUCCCCCACUUCACCCUAAUCCUGCUCGACCUCCGCGGAUACGGCUCGUCAUCGCUCGCGCCUGAAAGCACAAACGGCUCAGGAUACACGAAGCGCCUCAUGGCGCAGGACUGCAUCGCCGUCGUCGACGCCCUCGGGUACGCAGAUCAAAAGAUCAAUGUCGUCGGCCACGACCGCGGCGGCCGCGUCGCGUACCGACUGGCCUUUGACUUUCCCUCGAGGGUCCAGAAGCUCGUUGUCGUCGACAUCAUUCCCACGGCGUCCAUGUUCCGCUCCUUUGGGGACGCGGGGAUGGCGGUGAAAGCGUACCACUGGACAUUCCUCGCGCAGCCUGCGCCGUUUCCCGAGAGGAUGAUUGCCGGGACGGAUGGUGGUCGGGGAUUCUUGGACCAGAGCCUCGCAGCUUGGACGGGGGUGAAGACCCUCGACGCUUUUGACGCUGCGGUCUUGGACGGGUACCGCCGCGCAUACUGCGCCGAAGAACGCAUCCACGCAACAUGCGAGGAUUAUCGCGCGGGCGCAUUCUACGACCGCGUGUACGAUCAGGAGGAUCUAGACAAGGGGAACAAAAUCACGGUCCCCGUUCUGGCGGUUUGGGGAGCAAAGGGGACCCCCGCGGGCGGGAAGACGUCUCCGCUCGACGUGUGGAAGGAGUAUGCAGUGGAUGUACGGGGAAAAGGGUUGGACUGUGGGCACUUUAUUCCCGAGGAGGAUCCGCAGCGGCUGGCGGAGGCGAUUUUGGAGUUUUUGGGUUAG